GUGCGUAUUGUUGAAUCGCACGACUCAGUGAGUGUUGUACCUCUUCUGUUGUCGCGUACACGUUUGCGCACGCAUUUGGGUGACUGCGAGAGUGAAGUGCACGCAUCUGCCACGCAGCAGCAAUUUACCUCGAGCUGCCUUCGGCGAAGUGCUCUUAUUAUUUCUUUCUGUAUGUGAUGCUCCCUUUUUUGUUUUUUCUUGAAGUGUGUUUACUUGUCGCUUCUUCCUUUAUUCCACGAUCUUCACGGCUGCCCGAGUUGUCGGUGUAUCACCCGAACGCCAAGAAACAACAACUGAGGAGAAGAUCGUCGUUGUUCGAUGAAUGGGACGGGAAAACGAAACAGUAAUGGGUAUUUCAUUGCGCUCUCUCGUUCCAUGCAGUGUUCUCCUAACCACCUCUUUUUUCGUUUUGGUUAGUAAGGUUUUCGCUUUGCGGUGUUUGUUUACUUAUUAAUCCACAGCUGCUGUGGAGUCAAAGUUACGCCCACGGCAAACGAACAAAAAAAGGAGUAGAAGAAAAUGCAUAGGCCUACAACUCUCGGUGCUGACGCACUGCCACAGGAACACGCACACCCAUUGGUUGCUUCCCUCGAGCUCGCCGGAUCCCUGCCCCUCUCUCCCCCCCCCCCUCUCCCCUUGGCGGUCAGACAAGCGAUGCGGCACGAGCUCCCUCAUCAAUGUGUGCCAGCUUUAUGCAAUGGCAUGCUUUCUGUUCUGUGGUUUUACAGCUCGUACGGAUUCACUGCAAUGACGCCACCUCACUUCUUCUUCUCCCAUUCUCCCCUUCGGUCUUUAUUAUUAAUGCUGUGUGAUUUCCUUUCGCCAACCGUUGCCGUUGCGCUACGCUGGCUAAACGGCGAAUUCUCCCCUUCAUCUUGCACAUUUUCAUACGUGUGCUGAGUAGUCCUAUAUUCUUAAAUUUUCCCCGUUUUCGCUGUUGACUUUUUUUUUGCUUUUCUUCAUCUUGUCGCACGCCCUUUUUUUUUUUUCGGGAGACGACGGCGACGUUUCGCGUCUUCUUCUGAUUCCUGCUGCGCAACGGAUAUUUUUCUCUUCUCUUUUGCGUUUGCCAAGUUGCUGACUUUUCUUUUCUCUUUAUUUUCCUUCUGGUCUUCUUGUUGUGCUCCUCCGGAUCGGUGAGGAUAGUGCGAGGGCUACCUGUAUACGUAGUGGAUGUAAUUUUUGUUUUGUUCUCUGUGUUUAAUACUUUCCCUGUAGUUUCCUGUUUUGUUUACCAGCUCCUCGUGCUUCGUCUUUUCUCCUUUAAAAGCGUUCGAUCUCCAGUGCCGCUUGUUUUUCUGUCCUGCACGCCAUCGCUUAUCCGCACCGACGUCGUGCGCCAGACGCGUCUGGUGAAGGACCCCUGCGAAGGGAUCUCGCUGAGCGCGACACAAACGGAGCAGCGAAGUCUUCUAUUUUUGCACAUACGCUCACAAACGAAAUUUAUAUAUCUUCAAGACUUGCCUUCGAGAAGGUGAAAGGAGAACCUGCGAGGGAGAGAGAGUGAGCGUCCUUGUGCGUGUUUAAUAGACUGAAUACAAUCAAAUAGCUGCGCGGCUGCAGCGCCUCUGUCACCGACAGCGAGAAUCGGAGAAGGGAGAAGUCGUCGUCGUUUUUUCAUUCUUCUUUUUCCAAAGACGCGACUUCUCUUUCCUCCCUUUUCUUUGAGUAACAACGGAGCUUUUUUUUUCUACUUUUGGCGUUAUUUAUUUUCUUUUUAGUGCGGUACUUGACCGUCGGCGUGUGGCUUCUCUCGCGUAACUAACCGAAACACUCGAUAAUAAUAACAAUCGCCUCCGCCUUGGGACUCUUCUUUUCUUCUUUAGGGCUAAUACUUCUCCCGAUAUUCCACCAACCUCCACGGCAGAAAAGGAAGGCGGUCUCCUGACCCCCUCCCCCCUCCCCUUCAUUCAUACAACGAGAAACAUAAAACGCUGCGAAAGCUCCCAGCUCCGUAUUUACACACCUCUUACCUUUUUUCUCUCUCCUGUUGUUGUGGGACGUGCUGAACGGCGGAGGCUGCACCCGCACCCGCACACACGCACGGUGGAGCACGCAAGGGAAUCAACAAGGCGUGCUUGCAGACCCUCUAACACCCCACUCCUCGUGACUCUUGCACUUCCCUCCAUUCAUGGACUCCACGCCCACGCCCACGCCCUCCACCGCCCCAGCGUGGGCGGAGUUUACGCACGACAUCUGUGAGCAGCUGAACUGCAGCAAGUGCAUCGUCCUGGUCGGCGAGGCGGCCCUCAUCGAUCCGGUGAAGCAGCUCGUGGAUGAGGCGUGCCGCAACGCCGCAGUGGUGAAGGCCUUCACCGGUGUAGCGAAGGGAGGCGCCGCCACGGAGCAGUGCUGUGCGCCGACAGACAUGCCACACGUCACCUUCACAAGCGAGGAGAACCAGCAAAUGGCGCAGAAGUGCAUGGCCGUCUUUGGCCGCGUUCCUUUUCUCGCCGUCCUUGACAUGCGCGACGACGACGAUGAGCACUCCUUUGUGAUGGACUUGCAAGGGAGAAUCAGCGCUGACAUGCCCGCCACCACGGCCGCAGCCCUCACAAAGGCAACGGUAGAAUUUUUGAUUCGAGUCGGUCGUGGAUCGGAGCCGCGGUGCCGCCAGGGCGCAGCUCCUCCGCCACACGACGUAUUUGAGCCAACGCACGGUGCGGUGCUGUGCGAGGGACGUGCCGCAGUGACUUCCACAUUUCCACGCCUGAUUGGAAUCACGCAGGCGGACACCGCCACGACGUCAGGGCUCGGAAGCUGCAGCACCGCCACUCCUACCUGCGGUGCCCUCUGCGUCUUCUGGAGCUACCGCUGCCCUUGCUGCCCCGGUGUGUUGAUGCUCAUUGAGGCGCUGGUGAACCUAAUUCGACUGGUGGCGGCCCGUCACGCCGAGCACCCGUCGGGCAACGUCUCUUUCGCUUUCCCGUUUGUCGCUGCAAACAUCGACGACAACGACUUUACGCAGGAGGAAUGGCCAGUGGCGGAACGGGAACAAGUGGUGCCGUCCCUCGUUGCCUACCCUCCCCCCUCCUACAAGCCGGUCGUGUUCACCGGGGAGCGCCUGCCAAUUCGGCUGGUCAGUUUCAUCUGCCAUCACUGCCUCCCAUCAGGUGAGCUCGUCGCGUGCACGCCGCACAUAAUGGAAGAGGUCUCGAGCGUCGCCUCGAAGCUGUCUAUCGACGAGUUAAUGACGGUGAUGGAGGAGGGCAGCGAGGGCUACGAGGCGGCCACGCAGGCCUAUGCAGCGUUCACACGCGCUGACGCGACCGCCGAGGCGCGAGAGAGCCUCUACGCCUCCUUGCACGACGCACGAGCUGCGGCGUUGCCCUUUUCGCUAGAGGCGGAGGUGCGACGGAUGGCUGCCGAAGGCGGAGCGGCGGCGGCGGGGUCGUUGAGUGACGCCGUGCGGGAGAGCGAAGAUGGCGGGGAGGAGGUGGAUGAGGAGGAUGACGCGGCGGAGUUGAAGGGCGGUGGCCGGGCGGCGACGGCGGUGGCCACAGCAUCGGCGACCGCAGCGCCUGUUGUCACGGCCGCCAGUUCCUACAAGCGAUCCCGUGAGUGA